AUGCCGGACGCCGGAAAACGGGCAGAGCUUAGGAGGGAUCCUGGGCGGCUCAGCAAGGCUUCGAGGGCGGAGAGGAGAUCGUCGGCGGAUGACUUCAAAAAGGCCCUCAAGGAGGAGCGACCUUUAGCCUUGAGGUUUCGCCCUCGAGAGCUUCCAGACGGCGUGGAAGAGCUCGUGGCGGAGAAAGAGGUCGGGAAGAUCGGCCUGUCCUUUCUCAAAAUGCCCCCCGAGCCGGUCAUCGUGAACAAGGUGAUCCCAGGCUGCUGGGCUGAAGAGGUUGGCUUCCAAGGUGGCGAGGAGAUCGUGGCCUUGGACGGGGCGCCGGUGGCCUCGAUGACGCCGGAGACCUUCAAGGCGGCGCUGCAGCAGCGGCCCCUGCGGCUGAGGUUUCGUCCUGCUGGGCACAAGGAGCAGGAGGAGCAGGAGGAGGAGGAGGAGGACGACGAGGAGCCCGUGGAGGUGACUGCGGAUGCCAAAGUGAAGAAGAUCGGUUUGUCCUUCCGGGAGCUUCCUCCGCAGCCGGUGGUCGUGAGCAAGGUCGUUCCGGAGACCUGGGCCUCGCAGAUGGGCUUCAGAGGAGGUGAAGAGAUCGUGGCAUUGAAUGGCCAGCCCUGUGAGGCCAUGAACAGCGCCACCUUCAAGGAAUUGCUGGGUAUCAGGCCUUUAACACUGAGGUAUUUCCCUCCCUUGGAGGCGGAGCCGGCGGAGCCGGAGGAGCCGGCGGAGCUGCAUGAAAGAGAAGCAGCUGCCACAAAGAUACAGGCUCUUCAUAGGGGAAAGACGGCCCGUGCAGCAGUGGCUGCUCAGAAGGAGGAGCGGAUAAAUGCCGCAACGAAGAUACAGGCUGUUCAAAGGGGCAAUAGAGAGCGAAAAGCCGUAGCGGAGGACAAGAGCCGAAGGGCCGCAAGCAUAGCACCAGAGUCGCCAGCUACGCCACAAACUCCGGCAACUGCAGCAAGGCCGCGGCCACCAGCAGCCCCCCCUGCUAUACCGCGACCGCCAGCAACGCCGUCCCCAAAGAAAAAGAAGAGGCAGGAUCCGGUAAGACCAAAUGUUCCAGAUUUAGACGUGCAAAAGAGGGAAGAGGCUGCCAAAAGGAUACAGGCUGUCCAGAGAGGCAAAGCAGCACGAACAGCGACGGCAGUGGAAAGGCAGCAAAGGGAAGACGCCGCAACGAAGAUACAGGCUGUCCAGAGAGGUAAAGCAGCGCGAAGAGCAACAGCAGAUGAAAAGCAGCACAGAGAAGAAGCUGCAAAGAAGAUACAGGCUGUACAGAGAGGAAAAGCAGCACGAGCAGCAACGGCAGACGAAAAACAGCAAAGGGAAGAUGCUGCAACGAAGAUACAGGCUGUCCAGAGAGGUAAAGCAGCCCGAAGAGCCACAGCGGACGAAAAACGGCAAAGAGAAGACGCCGCAACGAAGAUACAGGCUGUACAGAGAGGGAAAGCAGCACGAUUAGCCGCAGAAAAGGACUUGACAGCACCAAGGAAGCAGUCUCCUGUGAAGCAAGACGUCUCUGAUUUGGAUGCCCAAGAAAGGGAAGAAGCUGCCAAAAAGAUACAGGCUGUCCACAGAGGUAAAGCAGCGCGAAGAGCAACAGCAGAUGAAAAACAGCAAAGAGAAGACGCUGCAAAGAAGAUACAGGCUGUACAGAGAGGAAAAGCAGCACAAUCAGCCGCAGCAAAGCCGAGGAUAAAGCCUGAAAAAGCCUUGAAAGCACCGAUGAAGGAGGAACGAGGCAAGAAGACUGCUCCAGCAGAACCAAGGAAGCAGGCUCCUGGGAAGCAAGACGUCACUGAUUUGGAUGCCCAAGAAAGGGAAGAAGCUGCCAAAAAGAUACAGGCUGUUCAGAGAGGGAAGGCAGCACGAACAGCUAUGGCAGAGGAAAAGCAGCAAAGAGAAGCAGCUGCGACGAAGAUACAGGCUGUACAGAGAGGUAAAGCUGCACGAAUGGCUGGAACAGACAAGAAAACUGAGUCAAAGGAGACCAGUGGCAGUCGUCGCUCCAGAGAGAAAGGGCCCGGCAGUGUGGGCCCAUCGGAGGCGGACGGCGGACGCCAUGGGACGAUUUAG